AUGGCGGUGUGGGUGAGCUGCGAUGGCGGCAAAGGGGCGGGCUGCGAUGAUGUGCGGCGCAGUGCAGGGCGGGCCACGGCGGUGUGCGGCGCGGAGACAGCAGCGGCGCGCUGCACGGAGCAGGACGUGCCGCACGGCGCGAGGAGUGGCGGAUCAGAUACUCCUCAGCCCGAAACCCCCACCCUCCUCACUGGAUCUGCGCCCCCGCACAGCGAAGCUGCUCCCGUGACUGUGCUGAGCUCUACCAGGAUUCACAAGCAGCUUCAUGGAUCCACGAGGAGAAAGGGCGAGGUCAACGACAAUGCUGACCUUGGUAGUCUCCAUUCCGUUGGCCCUAAUGGAUGCUCCUCCAUCAUCGAGGAUUCGAGGUUGUUGCUGCAUAAGUUCCAGGCGGAGUGGCAAGAGGGUGCUUCAAAGGAUCAGUUUUUUUUUCAAAUACGCACCAAUUACGAUGCCAAGAGCACAGAAGCACAAGUCGUGGCGCGAUAUCAUCCAAUGCAGUCCUGGCAGUCAGGAAGGGAAGCAAAUAGGCAUUUUACUCUAAUGCUAUUUGCUUGUAUAUUUACUCUAAUUUUGCUUCAAAAUAAUAUGUUUUAUUUGCUUAUACAUUUAUUGUAAUUUGCUUCAGAGUUUAUUAUGAUAUGCUUUCAACUUUUAACAAAAGUGCUUUUCAAAUUGUAUAAGAAAAAUAUCAUCGAAACAUAUUGAAGUGAGAUCUUGUUUUGAUGCUUU